CAGCUGUGAAGUCUUUGGCUUCCCAUACUUGGUUUUCUCCUCUGGAUCUCCUUGUAACAGUUCCUGCAGCUCCAUCUGAACCAACCAGCAGAAAUAUAAAGCAGAAAUGGCGGUUCCUCCUGCAUACACCGACCUCGGAAAAGCAGCGAAGGAUGUUUUCAAUAAGGGAUACGGAUUUGGACUGGUGAAGCUGGACGUGAAGACCAAGUCAGCUAAUGGAGUGGAGUUUAAGACCUCCGGCUCGUCCAACACGGACACCAACAAAGUGAGCGCUAACCUGGAGACCAAGUACAAAUGGGAGGAGUACGGCGUGACCUUCACCGAGAAAUGGAACACUGACAACACCCUCGGGUCAGAGAUCACCGUGGAGGAUCAGAUCGCUAAAGGCCUGAAGGUGACAUUCGACACGUCGUUCUGCCCGAACACCGGGAAGAAGAACGGGAAGGUGAAGACGGCGUAUAAGCGGGAGCACAUGAACCUGGGCUGCGAUGUGGAUUUCGAUUUCUCCGGUCCCGUCAUCCACGGGGCUGCCGUGCUGGGGUACGAGUCCUGGCUCGCCGGACUUCAGACGACUUUCGAUCCGGCCAAGUCCAAAAUCACCCGCAACAACUUCGCCAUUAGCUACAGGGCGGCGGACUUCCAGCUGCUCACCAGCGUGAACGAUGGCUCCGAGUUUGGAGGAUCGAUCUACCAGAAGCUGAGUGAGAACCUGGAGACGGCGGUGAAUUUGGCCUGGACAGCCAGCAGCAACAACACGCGCUUCGGCAUCGCUGCCAAGUACACACUCGAUUCCAACUCCUCCAUCAGUGUUAAAGUGAACAACUCCAGUCUGGUGGGGGUGGGAUACACACAGACCCUCAGACCAGGUGUGAAGCUAAAUCUCUCCGCAUUGGUAGACGGGAAGAGCAUCAACAGUGGAGGACACAAACUCGGCUUUGGAUUGGAACUGGAGGCUUAAACCUUCAUCUCUUUAUGUUCCUCCAGAUCUGUUCUCGUUUCUCGAAAUCUCUUCCUGUUUUUGUUUCCCUGAGAACUUUCUUGUCCCACAAGGUAUCCUCCUCUUCGUCUAGAUGUUUCUCUCUUGCUGUGGUCUGUUCUGUACAGACUCGUUACAUUCCUUCACUUUGUGUUUGUUUAUUCCCUUCACAUCACACACUACCAUCAUAUUUAUUGUAUCUUUUGGAAAAAAACUCAUAUAAUGCCACUCUAUUUUUUGUUUGACAUUCUCACACUGGCAACCAUGUUUCACCUCACCUCACCAAGCUGAGAGGCAGAUACAGCGUUCCAAACUACAUCCUUCUGUACUAAAUACUCACUGGCGGAGAAUACAUUUUAGUACACUAGGAUGUGAUUUGUGACGGAGCCUGAGGUUUGAGGAGCGGCCGAGAGGUGGCAAGUUGAUCAGUAGUGAAGCUGAACUUAAUGUCCUGGUGUUUGUUCUUGUCGUGUUGUUACUUUCUGAUUUAGUUAACCUUACGGUGUUGUAGAGCUGGAGCAGCUUUGAUAUUCACUACAUUAUUUUAUCGUGCGCAUAAGCUGUAUGUGAUCUGUUCUGUAUUCGAUCGUGUGUUUGUGGAUAGAGGCUCGCUAAGCACGCUCGGUGUGUGGGAAAACUCACUGCACCCAGCCGAGCGCCCACACAGACACGAUUGGCUGUGUCCGAGGGUGAGAUGGUCGAACGGGUUCUUCAACACUGAUGCAAGUGCGGCCUCUGCUGGCUGAUCCAUUCAUAACCUAGUACUAGACCAGAACCCCCGCCCUCAUGUUGGUUGAAGCCACCCGGCUGUCUUUCACCUCCUCCGCCCUACUCAGUGUAGGUGCGCUCACGUUGUUAUAUAUCACUAUAGCGACCGAGCUGACUCCAGGAGCCCGAAUAGAUCCUGUGAGAUGAAGAUCUCACUCCACACCAAGGUGUAUUCUUAAUAGUAGAGUGUAUGAAGCUGAACUUUAGGAACUAUUAGAAGAAAUGUAUUAAUGAUAAAGUUUAUGGAUUCUUCUCCUUACAUGCUUUGAUUCAUUUGCACAUUAAAGGGUGUUAUGCAA